AUGGGACUGCUGUGUUUGGGCGUCGGGCCGCUGCGAAUCCGCGCCAGGACUGUCCGCAGCUGGAGCAGAGAAUUCUCCUCUAUUUCCACAACUCGUCACAAUAGCAGUGCAGCUGCAGCUCUGAAAGCAUCAAGUACAAAGAGAAAUUGUGAAGGAUUUUAUCAACUUGGUUUUCCUCUCGCCAGGUCACUAAGUGCGAACAAACCCCCUAGAGGUUUUGAAAAAUUCUUCCCCAAAAAUCAACAAAUCAACCAAUCUGCUGAAAAAGGAAAGGUCAAAGACCCAGAGCCAUUUCAAGCAGAAAACGAAUCUGAUGAUGGAAACAAAAACCAUCAAAGAGAAGAAAAGCACAAACGAUUUGAUUGGUGGACUUGUUUCCAGGAGAAGUGGUCCUUUAAUAACACAAUAGUUUUAAAUAUUGCCAUUGGUGCAGCUGGAGUUGCCUCUGCUUUUUUGUUCUUCCAUUUCCGUGAGACAGGGGUCCAUAUUUCCUGGAAAGACUUUGUGGAGCAUUACUUGUGCAAAGGCUUGGUGGACCACCUGCAGGUGAUCAACAAACAAUAUGUCAGAGUCAUUCCUGUCCAUGGAGUUGAUACUUCACAAGUGAAUUACUUGUGGUUCAACAUUGGCAGUGUGGACUCCUUUGAACAUAAUUUGGAGGUGGUUCAGCAAGAGAUGAAGUUAGAGUGUACUAAAGUCCCUGUAAUCUAUUCCAGUGAAACUAACAGCACAGCACUUUUAGGAAUUGUAGCUCCUCUACUGUUGAUGGGGCUUUUACUCUUGGCCACACAACACCCUCUGUCAGGGCGGCGCAUCCGAGGACAUGGCACAAGUGUUUUCAGUCUGAGUGAAUCCAAAGCCAAGUUAUUAAAACACAACACAGGUGUUAAGUUCGAGGAUGUAGCUGGAUGUGAAGAAGCCAAACUUGAAAUUAUGGAGUUUGUUAAUUAUUUGAAGAACCCAGAGAAAUACAGAGACCUCGGAGCAAAAAUUCCAAAGGGCACUCUAUUAUCAGGGCCUCCUGGUACAGGGAAGACACUACUGGCCAAAGCAACUGCAGGAGAAGCUGAUGUCCCAUUCAUAUCUGUGAACGGCUCAGAAUUCCAGGAGAUGUUCGUUGGUGUGGGUGCCGCAAGAGUGAGGGAUAUGUUUGGCCUGGCACGGAGGCAUGCCCCUUGCAUCCUGUUUAUUGACGAGAUUGAUGCACUGGGCAGAAAGAGAGGAAAUGGCCACUUUAGCUCCCACAAUGAACAGGAGAACACUCUCAACCAGCUACUUGUAGAAAUGGAUGGUUUUAAUAGCAGCACUAAUGUGAUCAUUUUGGCUGGCACCAAUCGAGCUGAUGUCCUGGAUCCAGCUUUGAUGAGGCCUGGACGCUUUGAUCGCCACAUUCUUCUAGAGCCUCCAGAUAUUAAAAGUAGAGCAGCUAUUUUCAAGGUGCAUCUAAGAAAUCUGAAGUUAGACUCUUCUAUAAAACUUGACCUUUUUGCGACAAAACUUGCUGCACUGAUGCCCGGAUUUUCUGGGGCUGAUAUUGCUAAUGUGUGCAAUGAAGCUGCUUUGAUUGCGGCGCGUCAUCUUAACCCACAUGUCGACUCUAAGCACUUUGAACAGGCCAUGGAAAGAGUCAUUGGAGGUCUAAAACACUCCUCCCACAUUCUGCAGCUCGCAGAGAGGACUACUGUAGCAUACCAUGAGGCUGGACAUGCGGUCACUGGAUGGUUUUUAGAAUAUGCAGACCCUCUUCUUAAGGUGUCCAUUGUUCCCACGAGUAAAGGUUUAGGUUAUUCCCAGUAUUUACCUAAAGAACAUGAUUUGUUCAGUCGGGAACAACUAUUCGACCAAAUGUGCGUGGCUUUAGGCGGGCGAGUGGCCGAGGAGGUUUUCUUUAAACGUCUCACCUCUGCCGCUCAGGAUGACCUCAGGAAAGUCACGCAGUCUGCUUAUGCGCAGGUUACACAAUUUGGAAUGAGUGAGGCAUUUGGCCCGAUGUCUUUUGAUCUGCCUCACGCUGGAAGCAUUGUUCUGGAGAAGUCUUUCGGAGAGCCCACAGCUCGACUCAUAGACGAGGAGGUCCGUGUACUCGUGGCCGCAGCCCACAAACACACACUGAAGCUUGUCACUGAGAAGAGACAAGCCGUGUCCCUGGUCGCCAAACGACUUCUUGAAAAGGAAUCCUUGCACAGGUCCGACCUGGUUGAGCUGCUGGGACCUCGGCCAUUUAAAGAAAACUCCUUGUUUGAAAAAGACUUGAUAGAAGACAACCGAAACGUGAAAGAAGCAUAA